CUUUAAGGUCCCAGCAUUCCCUUCGUGCCGCCGCCAAGAUGGCGGCGCCCAUGUUGCGGUGCGUUUCCCGGAGCCAGUGGCUUGGUACCCAAGGCCUGUCAGGAGUCUUGCCCUUGGGGCUGCGUGAGGCCCACUCGGCCGCUCAGGGGUUGCUGGCUUUGCAGAAGGCUCGGGGUCUGUUCAAGGACUUCUUCCCCGAGAGGGGUACAAAGACAGAGCUCCCAGAGCUCUUCGACCGCGACACGGGGGGGAAGUUUCCCCAGACCAUCUACUGCGGCUUCGACCCAACGGCCGACUCGCUUCAUGUCGGGCAUCUGCUGGCGCUUUUGGGCCUUUUUCAUUUCCAGCGAGCGGGCCACAACGUGAUCGCGCUGGUGGGAGGCGCCACGGCGCGCCUGGGAGACCCAAGCGGUCGUACCAAGGCGCGCGAGUCGCUGGAUGCGGAGCGCGUGCAAAGCAACGCGCGUGCCCUGAGCCAAGGGCUAAAGGCCCUGGCGACUAAUCACCAGCAGCUCUUUGCAAAUGGGCGGACCUGGGGCAGCUUCACCGUACUGGACAAUUCGGCGUGGUACCAGAAGCAAGACCUGGUGGACUUCCUAGCAGCAGUGGGUGGCCACUUCCGCAUGGGAACACUGCUGAGCAGGCUGAGUGUGCAGACUCGGCUCAAGAGCCCCGAAGGCAUGAGUUUGGCCGAGUUUUUAUACCAGGUGCUCCAGGCCUAUGAUUUCUACUACCUGUUCCAGCAUUAUGGAUGCCGGGUCCAGCUGGGUGGAUCAGAUCAGCUGGGCAAUAUCAUGUCUGGAUACGAGUUCAUCCACAAGUUGACUGGAGAAGAUGUGUUUGGAAUCUCUGUUCCUCUAAUUACAAGUACAACUGGAGCAAAACUGGGCAAGUCUGCUGGCAAUGCUGUUUGGCUAAACAGAGAUAAGACAUCUCCAUUUGAAUUGUAUCAGUUUUUUCUCAGGCAACAAGAUGAUUUGGUAGAAAGAUACCUGAAGCUCUUCACUUUUCUGCCUCUUCCAGAGAUUGACCACAUCAUGCAGCUGCAUGUCACAGAGCCAGAAAAGCGGGGUCCUCAGAAGCGACUUGCUGCGGAAGUAACAAAGCUUGUUCAUGGACAAGAAGGGCUGGCCUCUGCUAAAAGGUGUACACAAGCCCUUUAUCACAGCAGCAUAGAUGCGCUGGAAGUCAUGUCUGAUCAAGAGUUAAAAGAAUUGUUUAAAGAAGCUUCAUUUUCUGAAUUAGUUCUCGACCCUGGAACAAGCGUCCUAGAUACAUGCCGCAAAGCAAAUGCCAUUCCAGAUGGUCCCCGAGGGUAUCGGAUGAUUACAGAAGGUGGAGUCAGCAUAAAUCACAAACAAGUAACAAAUCCUGAGAGUGUUUUAGUUGUUGGACAACAUAUUCUUAAAAAUGGACUUUCAUUACUUAAAAUAGGAAAAAGGAACUUCUACAUUAUAAAAUGGCUUCAGCUAUGAUGAAAAAUCCUUCUGGUGUUCAAACAUCAUCAUUCAUUAUCAAGAUAUACAAACUUAUAUCUUCACUUAUGCAACUCAAAGAAUGGAGUAUAUUCUAGGCCUCUGUGAGUAAUUUCAUUGUUCAUACAGGUUGGUUAAGUUUGUGGAAUAUUUUAUUUUCUGAUCCUUAAAUAUUAAACACUAACACAGAAAAGCAUGAUUUCUAGGUUUAAUCUCUUUUAAUAAUUAUGCUUUAUGAAAAACUAAAUACUAAGUUUCCUAUCCUGUCCUUGCUCUUCUAUCAGGUAAAUAUAUCACUGGAUUUUUGUUGUUGUUGUUCGGGAAGCAAAUUCUAUAAAAAAGGAGAAAAGUUAGAGGAAGCCAUAGACAGCAUUAGAAAUUACAGUAGAAAUAGUUUCUUUUUGAAGAAAAAUCAGUACGUGACUUUUCAGAAAGCUUAUAAUUCAGUGUUCCAGUCUCCUGUGUUUCCAUGAAAUUAAAUUUACUCAUUAGCCUUGUUUUAACUCAGUAAGAAAGGUAGCAAUGUCUUAUAUCAACUUUUAAAUUAGUCUUAAGUUUCAACUUCUGUCCCCAGCAGAUUGCAGUUUGAGAUGAACCAAAAAGUUAAGUAACCAACAAGAUAAAAUAGAGGCAAAAUAUAUACAUGGAGAUAUCCAAACAUAAGAGAAUAUCAAAAGAUAUUCCAGGAAGGGAAGUUUUCAGGUCAAAUUUAAAGCAUCUGGAAUCAAGAUUCAGUCAAAUUAAGCUCUACGUUCUUUAGGCAAGUUGAUUCUCCAGAACCGUUUGCAACAUCUAAAAAAUCAGAUCAUUGAUUUUUCUUGAUUUCCUUAAUUUCACUUGAUCACUUGAGGAUCAAGUAAAACACACACAUACACACAAAAUAGUUAACAAUCAGAUUUGUUCUAGAAAAUCUUACAGGCAGCAAAGCAUGGCUUUAGAGUUCAAAUUCUAGCUAUUUACUACCUGGAUUAUUUGGAGCAAGUCAUUUUCAUAUGCAAAAAAAUGGAAAUGUAUUAUAAUAAAACCUCAGUCAAUUAUAAAAAUCGAAAAAGAAAAAAGUCAUUAAACUUUUAUAUAGUAUAAACUAUAUCGCUAUGUUCCAAAGUAGAUUUUCAUGUACUCUUCUGGGAGUACAGUUAGGAAGAAUUCACUUAUUGACAAGCUUUUUAAUGUCACUUCAUACCAGCAACUUUAUUUACAAAGUGAGAACAUACAGGUAUCCAUUGUAAGUCAGAGAUCAUCUCUACAUUUCAGAACUUCACUCGGUUUAAGGGCCAACAAAAGGAGGUUUCCUCUUUCUGUACCUGUCUUGCCUGUUUUUCUUUGUACAUGGUGUGUAGUACUAACACGUGCAUUACCAUAGCAGGUAAUGUUUUCAAUUUGAAGUUUGCUGGAGAAAGGUGCAUUAUAAGGUUCUGUCCCCCUCUACAAAUUGAAAAAGUUAGACUAGAAUGGUAAUCAUCUGAUCUAUCUCAAAUACAUGAAUCAUGGAUGGCUAUAAUUUCAAAACUGAUGCUUAAUAAUGGCAGAGUGAUUUUAAAGUAUGCUAAUAAACAUUUUGGAAGCAUGUGUUCUAUGAAGACGGUACUGCUAACAGAUUCUUAGUCCUAUAUCACCAGACUGAAUCUGUUAUGUUUGAGAUCAGUUGCUGAUCCUGUUGUUUCUUGGUAUAGUAUCAUUAGCUAAAGGUGACACACAUUCAUAUGUUCCUGCCAGUAUUUCUUCAUAAAUGUCAUAACAUAAAAAUAAAUUUAAUAUCUGCAGUAUAGAAUUCAUCUUAAAAUUCAUCAUGUAACUCAUAUCAAGAAUAAUCUGGGGAAUUUUGGUAAAAUGUGUUCAUGUUCUAAACCUCACUCCCAGCCCUCUGAGAGCAUUUAGGAGUAUGUGUGUAUCAGGAUGUUUUUCUGUGAAUAAUAAAGCCCCACCAUUAUUUUCGUACCUUUA